GUUGAUAUAUUUUUUUUUAAUGAUUGUUUUAUUAUUAAUUGUUAACAGACGUUAAUCGAUUGUGGAAUACUGCAUUAGUGCAUUACUGCAUAGUGGGAACCGGAAUGCACGUUAUUAUAAAGUACAUAGUUUAAUAGAUGUCUAUGAAAAUGGUGUGAGUGGAGUGGAGUGGAGUGUGGAGCUGUUAUUGUCGACAGUGGUUUGUGGACGUAAUGGACGCUAAAGCGGCUAAACAACAUUCACGCGGUGUCAGAGUGACAUUGUAACAUCGAUUAUUACCUAUUCAGUAUUUACUAUAUUUGAAUAUUCACAAUACAUUGUACACGUAUUAUUGUGAGUAUAGACUGCGUGGAAUACCUAUGGUGAUGGGUAUGCUUUAGCAGUUACGAGUUACGCCACUGUGUUGUUGACUGUAGACUGGAACAGUUUUACUUGGUACUUUGGUUGUUUAGAGUUUUAGACGUUUAGUAGUUGCCAGUGUGCGGUCUAUGGUCGAAGGAGUGUGACGUGUGUCUCUGUAACAAUAAAUUAAAUAAUACUUUUUUAAUAGAAGAAGUCAAACACCGCUAAUAAAUUUAUACAUUUAAUAAAAACAAAACAAUAAUAAUGUCUGACAUUAAAGAGCCGGCUGAUAAACAACUCGAAGAUUUUAAAAAAUCUGUUGAGAAUACUGGAGUUAUCAGAACUGGGAAUGGUGCGCCAGUUGAUGAUCAUACUAAUUCAAUUCAAGCUGGAUUAAAUGGACCACUGGUUAUACAAGAUCAUAAUCUUUUAGAUGAAAUUUCACAUUUUGACCGUGAACGUAUUCCAGAACGAGUYGUACAUGCAAAAGGAGGAGGUGCAUUUGGUUACUUUGAAGUAACCCACGAUAUUUCAAAAUACUGUAAGGCUGAUGUAUUUUCAAGCAUCGGAAAACAAACUCCUGUUGCUGUAAGAUUUUCAACUGUUGGCGGAGAGAGUGGAUCAGCUGAUACUGUUAGGGACCCAAGAGGUUUUGCUGUAAAGUUUUAUACUGAAAAUGGAAUUUGGGAUUUAGUUGGAAACAAUACACCAAUAUUUUUUAUAAGAGAUCCAAUUUUAUUUCCAAGUUUUAUUCAUACCCAAAAGAGAAAUCCAGUUACCCAUUUAAAGGAUGCAAAUAUGUUUUGGGACUUUCUGACUCUUCGUCCUGAGUCAUUACACCAGGUAAUGAUACUGUUUUCAGAUCGUGGAAUCCCAGAUGGAUAUCGUCAUAUGAACGGAUAUGGAUCUCAUACGUUUAAAAUGGUCAAUGCUUCUGAUAAGGCAGUUUAUGUUAAAUUUCAUUUCAAGACUGAUCAAGGUAUUAAAAAUUUGGAUGUUAAAAAAGCUCGUGAUCUUGCUGCUGAUGACCCAGAUUAUUCAAACCGUGAUUUAUUCAAUGCUAUUGCUAAUGGCAACCAUCCUACUUGGACCUUGUAUAUACAAGUGAUGACAUUUGAAGAAGCUGAUGCUAAUAAAUUCAAUCCUUUUGAUAUUACAAAAGUUUGGUCUCAUGCGGAUUACCCAUUAAUACCAGUUGGCAAACUAGUGUUGAAUCGUAACCCUACUAACUAUUUUGCUGAUAUUGAACAAAUUGCUUUCAGCCCAGCGCACAUGGUGCCUGGUAUCGAACCUAGCCCUGAUAAACUUCUUCAGGGACGCUUGUUUUCUUAUAGUGAUACACAUCGUCAUCGUUUAGGAGCAAACUAUUUGCAGUUGCCUGUGAAUUGUCCGUACCGAACUAAAGUCACAAACUAUCAGCGCGAUGGACCUCAAGCUUAUAAUAAUCAAGGAUCUGCACCAAACUAUUAUCCCAAUAGUUUUUCUGGACCAGAACAGCAACCUCACUUUAAUAUGUCGUCAUUCAAUGUUUCUGGAGCUGUUGCCAAAUAUGACUCAAGCAAUGAUGACAACUAUACCCAGGCAGGUUUACUUUAUAGAAAUGUUUUACCUAAAGAUGAACAAAUUAGAUUGGUUGAAAAUAUAACAGAUAACUUAAAACAUGCAGCUGAUUUUCUACAAGAAAGAGCAAUUUAUCAUUUCACUCAAAUUGACGAUGGCUUAGGUAAACAACUAAGAGAACAUUUGAAGUUGGCCAAGUGUUCAAAAGCAAAUCUUUAAUAAUUUAAAAAAAAUUGCAUAACUGUUUAAAAUAAAGUUUUAGUUUUUGUUUAACUGUAUAAUGCUAACUUAUAAUUAACAGGAUAAUUUAAAUGUUUAUUUAUUAUAAUACAUUUAAA